CACUAUUUAGAGAUCAUUAGGAUUUUAGCACUCGCAACGUAAGCAUCCUUCAUUUUGCGAAUUUCCAGUUGUCUACAAUAUGGCCAUUUAUCACGUUUUGUGUCUCACCUUAAUCGGUGUUUUUGCCACCCGAGUAUCCGGUUAUGCUGGUGGUGCACCCAACAGUGAAGCCAUCUGCCAAGACCUCACCCCAAAACAUGGCGUUGAUGCCCAGAGCUCAGCAUCGCCCUACAAACUUACCUUGGACAAGACAGAGGUGAAGCCUGGUCAGGAGGUCAAAUUGACCAUUUCUGGAAACGGUGUCACUUUCAAAGGAUUUUUGGUGCAAGGGAGGAAAGUGGGAUCGGAGGGACCUUCCAGCCCCGUGGGCAAGUUUAUCGCCGUCCAGAACGCUGGUGAAAGCCAACCUCUCAACUGCGGCAACAUUGUGGGGUCCUCCAUCACGCAUACCAACAACAAGGAGAAGACUAGUCUCACCCUCACCUGGGUUGCGCCAGAGUCCAAGGGGACCUACCAAUUGCUGACUACUGUUGUUCAAUCGGGAUACACUUUCUGGGUGGCCCAACCUUCAGAAAGUAUCAAUGUUGUUUAAUUUUGUAUACCGAAUUUAGUAUAUUAAAUUUCAUUUUGGCUGUAUGCGUUUUUUUCUUUAUGAAAUGCCAAUUUAAAUUGGCUUGAAAUAUAAUUGUUACGUCAUUCAUUAUUUGCUAAAAUAAAUGGCAGGUAUCCAAAUGUUUUCUCAAA